AUGAUUAGUGCUGAUAGCUUUGAUGGUUUUACUAACGUACAUGAAGUGACAGGCGCCCAAUGUCAGCGCACUUACGAAGCAGUCUGUAAUUGCGAUGCACCUAACUGUCGGGCCACCUUCUACACUGGUCCUGGAUUUACCGGUUCAGUUGCUGGAUCUCUAACGGUUCAGUCACCUUCUACAGUAAAAGUUGAGUGCCCUAGUGGAAGUAGCGGAUUAUGGGCAACUGUAACGAUGCAGGAUCGGCCAUUUGAAAAUGUUAUGUCGAUGACUUGCAAGAAACCGUGA